CGGCAGUGGGUGAUGGCUGCAUCAUGGUGUCAGAGGAUCAGCGCAUCCUCGGCAACAUCAUCAUCCCCUCCCUGCAACUGCAACUGCAACACAACAUCACCCUGCAGCUUCACGCUGAAUGUGUAGUCGGAUGCUGAAGGGUGGUGGUGAUGAAGGCAAGAGGGGGCGCCGACUCCACAGCCUCCCAUUCUCCAGCCACUUCUCUUGCAUAUUCAUGACAUUACAUCAUCGCUGCGAGGGCUGCUUUCAUUGGUUGGACUAAAAGGAACCAUGGAUGCCCCUCCCCUCAACCUUCCAAUCUAUUUUUGCCCGAGGACCAUUCACUCCUGGGCUGCUUGAUAAUAGAUGACAGAUGUCUGCAUUGUGGAGGCUUCUAAGAACCAUGCAAGUUACCCAUGGGAGACGGUGAUCAAGGCCGCCAUGAGGAAGUACCCAAACCCCAUGAAUCCACAUGUGGUGGGGGUGGAUGUGCUGGACCGCCGCAUGGACGCAGAAGGACGCCUGCAUAGCCACCGACUCCUCAGCACAGAGUGGGGACUGCCGGCGAUCGUCCGAGCGAUACUGGGAACCAACCACACGCAGACGUACGUGAAGGAACACUCCAUAGUGGAUCCUGAGGAGAAAAAGAUGGAGCUGUGCUCAACAAAUAUUACUCUCACUAACCUGAUAUCAGUGGAUGAGAGGCUCCUUUACAGACCUCACCCUGACAACCCUGAGAUCACCGUCCUGACUCAGGAGGCCAUCAUUACAGUGAAGGGAGUGAGCCUGAGCAGCUACUUGGAGGGGAUGAUGGCCAGGAGAAUGUCUGCUAAUGCCAGGAAGGGUUGGGAUGCUAUUGAGUGGAUUAUUGAGAACUCUGAAAGAGAAAACAUAUCUCUUUGACAUCUAUUAACAUUGGCAACCACUAGCAACAAACGUGAUACGGAAGGCGCUGUGGACUUUUCACACCGAACUGCCUCGCUUUACCUGUGGAUUACAUGCAUGGAGACAAGCUGGGUCGACUCUGGGAGGGAAAGAAGGACUUUCUACAGAAUAAAAUAAGAGGUGAAUGGAGUCUGCUGGACCUUCAUGGUUUGAUGCUAUCUCGGCAAACAGUGUGAUAUGCAGAUGCACACCAUUUUACAUACAUGUCUGUGUAUUUAGCAUGAUACCAGUAGGAGGAAAUAACAUAAGUAGCAUGGUAGCUAAGGUUUCAUACAACUCUCUGUGGAUGGGAAAUGGAGGCAACAAAAACACCAGCUCAUUGUUGACAUAUCGUAUCAGGCAGUAGUACCUCAAACUUCUUCUUUUGCAAUGGAGUUGCAAAAAACGGUGUCUGCCUGCCGCCUUUAUAAAGGCUUCCAAAUGUAGACUUAUAUACCCCAACCAAGAAGUUAUUGGUUGUUGGACAUGAACAACGUCCCAUGGCUAAUAUUAUUGAAUAAAAAAUA